AUGGGAGAAGGUGGCGAUGGCUCUUCGAAACCAACUCCUUAUGAAGAGGCAUUGGAUGCUUUGUCCUCCUUAAUCACUAAACGCAGUCGUGCCGAUACGAGCAACAACGGGGACUGCUUCGAACUGCUAUCUGACUAUCUCAAAAUACUAGAGUUAGAGGAGCCAAUUUCACAGUUGAAGAUUAUUCAUGUGGCUGGCACCAAAGGAAAGGGAUCUACCUGCACCUUCACAGAAUCAAUAUUACGCCAUUGUGGCUUUCGCACAGGACUUUUCACAUCUCCUCAUCUCAUUGAUGUUCGAGAAAGAUUUCGUUUGGAUGGUGUGGACAUCAGCGAAGAGAAAUUUUUAGCAUAUUUCUGGUGGUGUUUUGAGAGACUAAAGGAAAAAGCUAGUGAUGAUAUACCAAUGCCUUCCUACUUUCGCUUCCUUGCCUUGCUUGCCUUCAAGAUAUUUGCAGCAGAAGAGGUAGAUGUUGCUAUCUUGGAGGUUGGGUUAGGUGGAAAGUAUGAUGCAACAAAUGUGGUUAAGGCACCUGUUGUUUGUGGUGUAUCUUCCCUUGGAUAUGACCACAUGGAGAUUCUUGGAAAUACUCUGGGAGCAAUUGCUGGGGAGAAGGCUGGAAUCUUCAAGCCUGGGGUUCCUGCCUUGACUGUGUCCCAACCUGAUGAAGCAAUGUGUGUACUGGAAGAGAAGGCUUCUGAGUUGAAUGUACCUCUUCAACUGGUACGACCUUUGGAUGCCAAUUUACUGAAUGGCUUCAAACUUGGGCUUGAAGGGGAGCACCAAUAUGUUAAUGCUGGUCUCGCUAUUGCACUGUCCUCUACGUGGCUUCAGAGGACAGGUCAUCUUGAAGUCCCAUACCCAGAACAUACUACCUCUCUGCCAGAGCAGUUCAUAAAAGGACUAACUGCUACAGUCAGUUUACAAGGACGGGCUCAAAUUGUCCCUGAUAACAAUGAAAGCCCUGAAGAUCUUGUGUUCUAUUUGGAUGGUGCCCAUAGCCCAGAAAGCAUGGAAAUAUGCGCAAGAUGGUUCUCUCUUUCCAUUAAGGAUGACUCCCAGGAAAAAAUCUUGAGUUGUCAGCCACUGGAUACUUCCAGAUCAUCACAUGAUUUGGUACAGAGGAACCCUGAUGGAAAAUCCAGGAAGAAUUCAACACAGAUACUGCUGUUUAAUUGUAUGUCAGUGAGGGAUCCUCAGUUGCUUCUUCCAAACCUGAUGAAAACAUGUGCUAGUCAUGGUGUCUACUUCAAGAAGGCUCUAUUUGUACCAAACACAUCAGUGUAUAACAAGGUGGGUUCACAUUCCUUACCUGCGACAGAUUCUCAAGUUGAUUUGUCAUGGCAGUUCGCUCUUCAAAGAGUUUGGGAAAACCUAAUGCUGGGUGACAAAGGAGGUAAUGAGAAGAGCACAGGCGCUGUUUUUGAAGAACUAACAGAUGAUACGGAAAUGGCUGUCAGAAGUUGUGAAAAUAGUGCAGUCUUCCCCUCUCUCCCGUCAGCUAUAAAAUGGCUCAGGGACAGUGUCCGAAAAAGUCAGUCUGUUCGUUUUCAGGUCCUCGUAACCGGUUCUUUACAUCUCAUCGGUGAUGUGUUGAAAUUAAUCAAGAAUCAUGGGAAAAAGCCGUGGACCAUUCUAACUCCUCCACCGUGGUUAAAUGCUGACGGGCUUCUAUUCUACAGCUGUGUGUUCUGA